GGGUGCAGGAGCCAGACACCAUCCGAGCUGACUGGCAGACAGUUUCAAGUGGAACAGAAGAUAGUUCCACCUCGGGGAGAGCGAGCUUUGGCUCACUCACUUGCUGCACAAAAUGAUAUUCCUCACGGCACUACCCUUGUUUUGGAUAAUGAUUUCAGCCUCUCGAGGGGGCCACUGGGGUGCCUGGAUGCCCUCAUCCAUCUCAGCCUUUGACGGCACAUGCGUCUCCAUCCCUUGCCGCUUUGACUUCCCUGAUGAGCUGCGGCCAGCUGUGGUGCACGGCGUCUGGUAUUUUAAUAGCCCCUACCCCAAGAACUAUCCCCCGGUGGUCUUCAAGUCCCGCACACAAGUGGUCCAUGAGAGCUUCCAGGGCCGUAGCCGCCUGUUGGGGGAUCUGGGCCUGCGCAACUGCACCCUGCUGCUCAGCACACUCAGCCCUGAGUUGGGUGGCAAGUACUACUUCCGCGGGGACCUGGGUGGCUACAACCAGUAUACCUUCUCGGAGCACAGCGUCCUGGACAUCAUCAACACCCCCAACAUCGUGGUGCCCCCAGAGGUGGUGGCAGGAACAGAGGUGGAGGUCAGCUGCAUGGUGCCUGACAACUGCCCAGACCUGCGGCCAGAGCUGAGUUGGCUGGGCCACGAGGGCCUGGGAGAGCCCACUGUGCUGGGCCGGUUGAGAGAGGACGAGGGCACCUGGGUGCAAGUAUCAUUGCUGCACUUCAUGCCCACUAGGGAGGCCAACGGCCACCGGCUGGGCUGCCAGGCCGCUUUCCCCAACACCACCCUGCAGUUUGAGGGCUACGCCAGUCUGGACAUCAAGUACCCCCCGGUGAUCGUGGAGAUGAACUCCUCCGUGGAAGCCACCGAGGGCUCCCACGUUAGCCUGCUCUGUGGGGCUGACAGCAACCCGCCGCCGCUGUUGACCUGGAUGCGGGACGGGGAGGUGCUCCAGGAGGCGGUGGCUGAGAGCCUGUACCUGGAGCUGGAGGAGGUGACCCCCGCGGAGGACGGCGUCUACGCCUGUCUGGCAGAGAACGCCUACGGCCAGGACAACCGCACCGUGGAGCUAAGCGUCAUGUAUGCACCUUGGAAGCCGACAGUGAAUGGGACUGUGGUGGCCGUGGAGGGGGAGACAGUCUCCAUCUUGUGCUCUACACAGAGCAACCCGGACCCCAUUCUCACUAUCUUCAAGGAGAAACAGAUACUGGCCACCGUCAUCUACGAGAGCCAGCUGCAGCUGGAACUGCCCGCAGUGACCCCUGAGGAUGAUGGGGAGUACUGGUGUGUGGCUGAAAACCAGUAUGGCCAGAAGGCCACUGCCUUCAACCUGUCUGUGGAGUUUGCCCCCAUGAUCCUCUUGGAGUCGCACUGUGCUGCAGCCCGGGACACAGUGCAGUGCCUGUGUGUGGUGAAAUCCAACCCCGAGCCCUCUGUGGCCUUUGAACUGCCAUCUCGGAAUGUGACGGUGAACGAGACGGAGCGCGAGUUCGUGUACUCUGAGCGCAGUGGUCUCUUGCUCACCAGCAUUCUCACCCUGCGGGGCCAAGCCCAGGCCCCACCCCGCGUCAUCUGCACCACCAGGAACCUCUAUGGCACCAAAAGCCUGGAGCUGCCCUUUCAGGGAGCCCACCGACUGAUGUGGGCCAAGAUUGGGCCAGUGGGUGCCGUGGUCGCCUUUGCCAUCCUGAUUGCCAUUGUCUGCUACAUCACCCAGACACGUAGAAAAAAGAACGUGACAGAGAGCCCCAGCUUCUCAGCGGGGGACAACCCCCAUGUCCUGUAUAGCAGCGACUUCCGAAUUUCUGGGGCACCGGACAAGUACGAGAGCGAGAGGCGCCUAGGAUCUGAGAGGAGGCUGCUGGGCCUUCGGGGGGAACCCCCAGAGCUGGACCUGAGUUAUUCCCACUCAGACCUGGGAAAACGACCCACCAAGGACAGCUACACCCUGACGGAGGAGCUAGCUGAGUAUGCUGAAAUCCGGGUCAAGUGAGGAAGCUGGGGGCAGCCUGCAUGGCCAUCCCCUGCUCAGGACCCUUGUGGCCCCCACUGGCUGUGGGCUCCCUUCCUCCUGAAAGUGGUAGCAACUGAGGCAGGAAGGGGCAGAGCAGGUGGCAGUGAGGUCCUGGGGGACCCAGUCCCUCCUUCCCAACUGCCCCACCCUGCCAACAUCCCAUCCCACAUUAU